AUGGAGACUGUGAUUUUGCCCCAUCUCGACGGAUAUCCGUUGCACAUCUGCCUGUUCGCCGCAGUUCAGAAUGCGCCGUUCCUGCGACAGCAGUUGUUGAACGGUAAUACAGACUUCGAGUAUGCCUUCCUCGAUGCAGCGGUCAUCUCGUCAAGAGACCAAGUAUUGGCAGCCUGCUUCCGAGCCAUCAACGACCAAAUUAAUGGUCGGCUGAAGAGUAGAAACGUUCACUCGGAGAUUGUGUUCUCUCUGUCCGUGAACAAUAACAUCUCCGAAUCUUUUAGACGCUUUGGUGUUGAGGAAUCGACGGAAUCUAUCUUGGCGAUCAAAGUAGGCGGCGAUCGAUCUUCAAUCGAAACCCACCUUCUCAGUAACGUUGAUGGGCUUCCUUUUCGUUUCGAGGAUGGACGUCUGUCCAGACUGCAAGAUAUCGAUCGCAUCCAGAAGGUGUAUAGGAUCAAUUCGACUAUCCGGGAUGCUGAAGCGUUCAUCUUGGGUUCCAUGGCACUCAAAGGUUCGUGA